CAUAAUCUAACCUUGUAUCGCUUGCACAUAAUUGUACAUAAAACUACAAGAAUAAAAGUUCUUGCCACAAUACUAAAUUACCUCAACGCAGAAGAAAAGAAAAAUCCUUAAAAGACCAUCUCAACGCGAAGAAUAAAAAGGGAGAACCCUCACCCAGCGAAACGCAACAAGCCCAAAGCUCAAACAGAAAUGUAAACCAUAAUAAAGGAAUAGACGCGCGAAAAAGAUUCUCGCUGGCUCAUAGCAGAGAUUCGAGGUGCUCCUGGCCGGUCGCGCCAGGGGGUAGCGCGAUGAAGCUGAAAACGGCGACGAACGUGGCGUGCUCGUCGUCGUCGUCGUCGUCGUCGGUUUGCUCUGCGGCGCUGUCCGAAAAAUCAAAAAUAGCCGGUGUGCCAGUCAGUGCGGCGAUGUCGACGGCGAACGACGUUUCGACGGUACGGUUCGGCCGGUGGUGGUGGUGCUGGCGGAGACGAAGGAGGAAUACUACCUACGGGCCAACGACGAUGCCGACGGGAUACGCGAAGACGAUCGUCCUUCUCGGUGUUUUCGCGGUGUUAUGCGCCCUCCUAGGCACCGUGGACGCCGUCGCGAGGACGAAACCGGACGAGCCUCGGGCCAAGGGUGGCCACAAGGACGCCGAGCCUGUCAUCGAGGAAGUUAAUGCCAAACAGCUCGAGCGACUCCUCAACGAGAAGGACUUUGUUGCCGUGUAUUGGUAUGCGAGAAGUUGCUUAACAUGCGACAAGGUGCUGGCCGAGCUGGAGAAGAUUGACGACGACACCGACCACUUCGGAGUAGACUUCGUCAAGAUCAACGAUAAACGAUUGGCCAAGCAAUAUGGCAUCAAAAACUUCCCAGCCCUCACAUAUUUCCGCGAGAGAGAACCGAUCAUCUAUGAAGGUGACUUGAUGGACGAAGAAAAUGUGUUAGAUUUCUUAACGAGCCUAGAAGCGAUGGAUCUACCCGAUCGUAUCGAGGAAGUGAACGCAAUGAUCUUAGAGAAGAUCGUCGAGGAAACAGACUUCGUGGCAGUCCUGUUCUGUCCGGAUACGCAACGAUGUGCUGGCGCCGGUUCUAACAAACCUGACUGCAAAAAGUGUCUCAAGGCCCUUCAAGAGCUGGAGAAUAUCGACGACGAGGCCGAUCAGUUGGGAAUCGGUUUCGUGAAGAUCGCGGACGAACAGCUCGCCGACGAGUAUAAUUUAGGUCCUCUUCCGGUUCUGGUCUACUACAGGCACCAGAUUCCUAUAAUUUACGAGCACGAACUUAGCAAAGAGGAAGACGUAUUGGAGUGGUUGGUGGCGAACAAAAGCACAGGAGACGAAGAGGACGUAAUCGAGGAUGUAACUGCGAAGACUCUGCAAACCUUGAUCGGAAAUAUCGAUAACCUAGUCGUUUUAUUCUACGACCACGGUGACGAAGAUUCGAUGCAGGUGCUGAACGAGCUGGAGAAGAUCGACGACGACUGCGAUAAGCACGGGAUCCAGUUCGUGAAAAUUGACGACGACAAGGCUGCGAAAGAUUUUGGCAUCGAUUCUCUCCCAGCAAUCGUGUAUUUCGAAAAGCAAAUCCCGAAUCUUUACGAUGGGGAUGUCGAGAAUGAAGAUGAAAUUCUGGAGUGGUUGCUGUCGCAAUUGGAGAAGGACGAGAUCGAGGAUGUCACCGACGAAAUGUUGGAUCGUCUGAUCAAGGAUGGAAAAACCCUUGCCGUGCUGUUCUACGACAACAACGACCGGAAAUCCCAAAAGAUUCUCAAUGAACUGGAGAACAUUGACGACGAGUGUGAUCAGAUUGGGGUGAUCUUCGUGAAGAUCGACAACCUAGAGGAAGCAAAGGAGUAUGGUAUCGAAAAAAUUCCCAGUCUGCUGUACUUCGAAAAGGGAAUACCAACGUUGUACGAAGGAAAUCUAGAGGAUGAAGAGAAGGUUCUAAAGUGGUUGGAGACUCAACAAAAAACCGAUCAGAUCGAAGACAUCACAGAUGAAGUGCUCGAUAUGAUCAUCGAGAAGAUGCCUCACGUAGCCGUCCUCUUUUAUGACAAGGAUCAGAAGAAGAGUCAGAAAAUCCUUGGUGAAUUGGAAAACAUCGAUGAUGACUGUGAUCAGCACAAUAUAGCGUUCGUGAAAAUUUCCGAUCUGGAGGAAGCUAAGGAAUACGGCAUCGAGUCUUUGCCUACACUGGUAUUCUUUGAGAAAAGAAUACCACACGUGUACGAAGGCGAUCUGAUGAACGAGGAUCAGCUGCUCGGAUGGCUACUGCAUCAAAAGAAGCACUCGGAGAUACCGGAGGUGACCGACGAGAUGAUGGAGAAGCUGAUUGAGACCUCGCCGUACUUGGCAGUCCUGUUUUACGAUAAAGACGACAAGCAGGACAUGCGUAUCCUGAACGAGUUGGAGAACAUCGACGACGAGUUGGAGAAGGAAGGAAUCGUGAUCAUUCGUAUGGACAACGAUGCUGAGGCGAAGGAGUAUGGUAUCGAUCACCUUCCGACUCUGGUCUACUUCGAGAACAAGAUCCCGGCUCUCUACGAAGGAGAUUUAUUGAACGAGGACGAAGUUCUUGAAUGGCUGAUCGAACAAAAGAACACUGCCACCAUCGAGGAAGUCACUGAUGAAAUACUGGUCGAUUUGAUCGAAGAACACGAAUACGUCGUCGCAUUCUUUAGUGGGGAUUGCGAGGAUGGUGACGAGUGUGAAAAAAUCCUCAAAGAGCUCGAAAAUAUCGACGAUGAGCUGGACGAAACUGGAAUCAUCUUCGUCACUACAGAAGACACAGGAUUCGCGAAGAAACAAGGAAUCAAGAAUUUCCCUACACUGGCUUUUUUCAGGAACAAGGAGCCUUUGAUCUAUAAGGGCGAUAUCGAGGAUGAGGACGAGGUUCUUUCGUGGAUCACCGAUGAAGAUACUCUUGAAAUCCCAGGGAAGAUUGAAGAAGUGAAUGCCAAGAUGUUGGAGAAUAUUCUUGAGGAGAACGAUUAUAUCGUUGUUUUCUUUUAUAAGGAAGGAGACAAGAAGAGCCAGAAGAUCCUCCAAGAGCUCGAGAAUAUCGACGACGAAUGCGAAGAAAAGGAUAUCGACUUUGUAAAGAUCUCAGAUGAUGGAAUCGAAAAGGAAUACGAUCUUCCUGGUCUACCAGCAUUGGCGUUCUACAGACACAAAUUCCGUCAGGUUUAUUCAGGUGAUAUGAUGCACGAAGAAGCGAUUUUAGAGUGGAUAUUGGAACUUCGAAGUCAGGCACCGGAUGUGAUCGAGAACGUCGAUCGAAAGACGCUACAGGUGCUGAUCAACGACGUUGAACAUCUCGCUGUAUUCUUUUACGAUGAUAAAUGCGAAAUGUGCCCGGAAAUACUCGCAGAACUAGAGACCAUCGAUGAUGACACUGACAAGCACGGUAUACAAUUUGUUAAGUCGAACGACGCGAAAUUAGCUGCCGAAAUUGGCGUCUUCUCGUUCCCGGCGCUCGUUUAUUACGAAACUGGGGUGCCCAUCAUGUACGACGGUAAUCUGCUAGACGAGAACGAAGUGCUUGAUUGGAUGGUGAAGCAGAAGACAGACGAGAGCAUCGAAGAGAUCGAUCGUGACACCCUGAGCAAAUAUAUCGAAACGAAAGAAUUCUUGGCUGUCGUUUUCUACAAGGAGGAAGAUCCAGAGAGUCCUAGGGUGCUCAGGCACGUCGAGUUGAUCGACGACGAAGCUGCUGAGUACGGUAUAAAGAUCGUAAGGAUGAAGGAUCGAUUGAUGGCGAAGAAAUAUGGCUACCGGAAUCCACCCGGUAUCACGUACUUCCGCAAGGGCAAGAACAUUAAUUACGACGGGGACAUCGACGACGAGGAGGAAAUUCUCGAUUGGCUAACCAAUCCGGAGAACAUGGAGCUCACCGAUCAUAUCGAAAGAAUCAAUAAGAAGAUGUUUCACAAGAUACGACAGACCACUGAUUAUUUGGCUGUGUUUUUCUACAGCAACGACUGCAAACAGUGUGGCAGGGUAUUGGUGGAAAUCGAACACAUCGAUGACGAAGCAGACAACGCAGGAAUAAAGUUCGUGAAGAUCGACGACAAGCAACUGGCCAAGCAAUAUGGCGUCUUCGCAUUACCCGCUAUAUUGUUCUUUAAAAUGUCCUCGAAGGAACCAGUCAUUUAUGCAGGCGAUCUGUACGACGAAAAUCAGAUACUGCAAUGGUUAUUAACACAGAAAGAUCCAUCCGGAGAGGUAAUCGAGGAUUUGGAGGGUGAAGAACUUCUGCAUUUGAUAAGAGAAUCGGAAUCGUUAGCAGUGUACUUCUGGAACAGAACGCUUUGUGACUUGUGUCAGGCAAAAUAUCAGCGGAAGCAGAGCCGCCACAAGGAGCGCAGGAUCGUCGAACACGAAGCAGCCGAAGAACUCGAUGAUGCCGAAGACUGCGAGCAAUGCAUGGGGAUUCUCGAAGAAUUGGAGAACAUUGACGAUGAUUGCGACAGACACGGUAUCACGUUCGUGAAGACGCAAGAUUACAAGGUGGCAGAAGAUUAUGGUGUCACGGAAUUCCCGGUAUUGGUAUAUUUCGAAAAUCAAAUACCAAAUGUGUUCGAAGGUGAUUUAAAAGUAGAAGAAGAGGUUCUGCAGUGGUUGAUUACCCAGAAGACAGAGGAUCGAAUAGAAUUAAUUACCAGAGUAAUGUUAGAGACGUCUGUUGAAGAGACUCAAUAUCUCGCGGUCUAUUUCUAUAAAGUAAACUGCCAUAUAUGCGAGGAGAUUUUGGAAGGAUUAGAAAAGAUCGACGACGAAUGCGAUGUAUUUGGUAUUCAGUUAGUAAAAAUUCAGGAUCCUCAGCUGGCCAAACGGUAUUCCAUCAAAACCUUCCCUGCCUUAGUUUACUUCAGAAAUGGCAAUCCUCUUUUGUUCGAAGGUGAUUUACAAAACGAGGAAUCAGUUCUCGAAUGGCUGAUCGAUGACGAUAACCGAGAACUAGCGGACGAAAUUGAAUCUGUGAACGAGAGGAUGCUGGAAAGACUUCUCGAUGAAUCACCAUUCUUAGCUGUUUUCUUUUACGACGAAGACUGCCCCGAGUGUGACGAAAUUAUGGAAGCUUUGGAGAAAAUCGAUGGUGAAGCGGACUUAUUCGGUAUUGAUUUCGUGAAGGUUCUUAGUACGGAAGCCGCAGAGAAAUUUGGAAUUCUGAACGUUCCAUCUCUGGUUUAUUUCCGCAAAAAGACGCCCCUCAUCUACGAUGGCGAUCUCACUCAAGAAGACAAGAUUCUACAAUGGCUAACUUCUCAGGAUGUGUUCGAAAUUAAAAAUGAAAUCGAAGAAGUUAACAAAAAGAUGCUGGACAAACUGUUAGACGAAAACGAGUUCCUUACUGUCUUUUUCUAUGAACACAAUAGUAAAGAGAGCGAAGAAGUGAACGAGAAGUUGGAGAACAUCGACGGAGAAACAGACAAUUUGGACAUUACAUUCGUCAAAAUGGCUGAUCCAAGAUACGCCAGGAAAUGGGGCGUUACCAAGCUUCCUGCCAUCGUUUAUUUCCGCAAAAGAUUCCCCAGUAUCUAUCGAGGUGAUCUACACAAAGAACAAGACGUGUUGGAUUGGCUGCGCAAGAACAGGUACCGUCAACCGGAGCUGAACAUCUACAUGUAUAUGCUGAUCGCGAUCACAGUCCUGUUUGCCAUGUACACCGGCUUCUUGUUGUCCUGUUUCCGGUCAGAACCAACAGCGCCCACGCCGCAUCCGAAACAAGCGUGAUAAAAGAAAAGAACGUGAUAGGAAAAGAAAGAAAGGAACGAAAGAGUUGAGACUCAUGAAUUGUUGCUGCUGCGCGAAUGUGCGUUGUUGUUGUUGUUGAUCCGACUCGCUUUACGUAAGAUUGAUUAGCGGCCGUUCGUCCGGAACGAACGACUCGUACCAAAGCUCGACGAUUCUACGGGGGAUGACGAUGAAACCUGUCUAUGUACUUCUCUUUUUGCUUAGACGAUGAACGAACGAUUUAAAAGAAAUAAAUAAAUAAAAUAAAUAACGUAUACUUUGCACCGUAAUGGGUUCAAGUUGUCCGUGAAUUCCGUGAGCGCGUGGUAUGCUUGCUCAACGUGGACCAAAUCCAUCGAUUUUCUAUAGGAGAUUUUAGACCUCUGUCAAAUUGAAAAAGGCGCGAACGUGUUGCGAGCGUACACGAGGCAACGUUUCGCGGGAGUUUACUCGACUAUAAUAUUCCAAGCGAAUUACCAAUUAUGUUAGCGUAUAAGCUAUAUACAGUUAUACAUUAUAAGUAUACGUUUGCCAUAAUGUCUCUUAGUUCGCGUGCAAAUUACCGUACGGCGACAACGUUGUUUGAUAUUCUUUUAUUGUAUUGCUUUGUAACGAUAGAGAUAUUAUAUUGUAUCGUAUUCCAUUUCACUUUGUAUUAACUUUUGCUGACUCGAUGAUUUUUUGCUGCGUUUUUAGAGUGAAUAAAACUGAUCGACACAUGUGUACAUUGUUAUUUUGCUGAUGUUCAUGGAAUGUUGCUAGCCAAUUCGAUCGACAAGCAAUCUAUGGUUUCUUUUAUUUCUUUCUUUUUCUUUUUUCGUACGUGUUCUUGUAACGUUAACUGUCACCGUCGAUUAGUAUUGACAGUGGUCUUGUUCUUUGUCUCGAGUGAUCACCUUUGGUCCACGUGUAAUUAAUUGUUCGCGAAGAUGAUCAUCGAUAAUCCGUACGUCCUUUUGACGAUGGAUCGCCGUCGAUAUCUUCUGAAUAAAACAAAAGGAUAAAGAUGUACACGAGACGGGUGAAUAUUGCCUAUCGAUGCUCAUAUAGUCAAGGGAAGGCAAACGAUGUUAACACGAUCAUCAGGAAUAAAGAGCAAAUCCUUGGACCAAUUCCAAACUGCUUAAAGUGCUACUUCUGUCUGCCAAUUGUACAUAAUAUAAUAGUGUGAACGAUGCAUUAUAUAAAAAAAGAAUACGACGA